AUGUCUUUGCAGAUCCCACACCGCGAAAAGUCCAACGGCGCUGGCGGCGCGACGAAGGCCGUGAUCCUGGUCGGAGGCGCAUCGCGCGGCACCCGCUUUCGCCCGCUCUCGCUUGACGUUCCCAAGCCCCUCUUCGACGUGGCCGGCCACCCCAUCAUCUGGCACUGUUUGACCGCCAUCAGCAAGGUCCCCUCCAUCCAGGAGGUUUAUCUCAUCGGGUACUACGAGGAAUCCGUCUUCCGCGACUUCAUCAAGGAUGCCGCGACCGAGUUCCCCAAUAUCGCCAUCAAAUACCUCCGCGAAUAUCAGGCGCUGGGCACUGCUGGCGGCUUGUACCACUUCCGCGAUGCUAUCCUCAAGGGCCGCCCCGAGCACAUCUUUGUCUUGAACUCGGACGUCUGCUGCAGCUUCCCGCUCAACCAGAUGCUCCAGCUGGCCCAAGAGAAGGACGCCGAGGCCGUCAUUUUGGGGACGCGCGUUAGUGAGGAGGCCGCCACCAACUUUGGUUGCAUCGUAUCCGACUCGCACACUCGCCGCGUGCUGCACUACGUCGAGAAGCCCGAGAGCCACAUCUCAAAUCUCAUCAACUGCGGCGUCUACCUUUUCUCCGCCGACGUGCUCUUCCCCUCGAUCCGCAGCGCCAUCAAGCGCCGCACCGACAGGCCCCGCCUCGGCUCGUACCGCUCCUCCGAAAACCUGGCCAGCUCGUUUAUGAUCGAUGACGACGAAAACCAAAAGAACGAAGUCAUCCGCCUCGAGCAAGACAUCCUCAGCGACAUGGCCGACAGCAAGCAAUUUUUUGUGUACGAGACCAGCGACUUCUGGCGUCAGAUCAAGACGGCCGGUUCCGCCAUCCCCGCCAACGCCCUGUACCUCCAGAAAGCCUUACAGAGCGGCUCCAAGGAUCUCGCCCCCCCCUCCGCCAACAUCAUCCCUCCCGUUUACAUCCACCCCUCUGCGCAGGUGCACCCCACGGCCAAGCUGGGCCCCAACGUUUCGGUUGGCCCGCGCGCCACCAUCGAUGCCGGCGCCCGCGUCAAGGAGUCCAUCGUGCUGGAAGACGCCGAGAUCAAGCACGAUUCGUGCGUCUUGUACUCUAUCAUUGGAUGGAGCAGCCGCGUCGGCGCGUGGGCCCGCGUCGAGGGCACACCUACGCCUGUGACCAGCCACAACACCAGCAUCAUCAAGAACGGCGUCAAGGUGCAGGCGAUCACUAUCUUGGGCAAGGAGUGCGCCGUGGGUGACGAGAUUCGCGUCCAGAACUGCGUCUGCCUGCCUUUUAAGGAACUGAAGAGGGACGUCGCGAACGAGGUGAUCAUGUGA